GGUGCCGCCGGAGCUGCCGCUGGCCUUGCCCGCACCCAGAAAUCACGCGCGUCGCCCGCGCAGCAGCCUUACUGGAGAGCGGCUGGCGACCUUCACUGCAUUUUCUCUGUAGGACGACGUCGAUCCUCGGCCCGGGCCACCAUAGCUGUCCCAGGAGCUUCUUCCAUGGGGCCGAUCUGUCGGCCAGCUCCUGCGGCACCUCCCAAGCCAGCCCCUCCUGCUGCCACUGUAGGCGGAAGGGAGAAGCGAACCCCCUGGGACCUGAAGGGACAGAUCAGCGACCUCCGUGCAAAGGUGGGCGCCUACAAGGAGAGGGUCCAGGGGCUGGCGGGGGAGAACGAGACCCUGAAGAGCCAGCUGGGAGGGCUGCAGCAGGAGCUGAAGGAAGCAAACGCUCAGAACAGGGAGCUGACUGGCCAGGCCAGUCUGUUGGCUUCGGAACUGCGGGUCUGCCAAGGCCAGGCUGAGGAGAGCACCCAGAAAGUGUCACAGCUUCUGGAGAAGGAGCAGCAGCUGGAAGAAACACUCCGGAGCCAAGCCCAGAGGAUUGAGGAGCUGGAGGUGCUCAACCAGGAGGUCACGGAGGGCAGCCGGGAGCUGGCCGUCCAGCUGAGGGCCAGAGAGGGAGAGCUGCUGCUGGCUGAGCAGAGCCUGGCUGGGCAGAGGCGGCAGAACGAGACCCUGAGGGCCCAGGCGACAGAGCUGGAGCAGAGGCUGCACGAGUCAGAGAUGGAGCGCCGCUUCCUGCACAAUGCGGUGCAGGAGCUGAAGGGGAACAUCCGUGUCUUCUGCCGGGUGCGCCCCUUGCUAGCCUGUGAGAGGCAGGCUCAGAAGGCGAUCAGCCACUUGCGCUUCCCAGCUGACGACAACAGGAGCCUUGUGCUCUCCAAGGUGGAGGAGUCCCAUGUUGGCCGUGAGCGCAAGGAGGACAUCACGUAUGAGUUCAAUUUUGACCGGGUGUUUCCACCGUCCAGCUCUCAGGAGAGCGUAUUUGAGGAAAUUUCCCUGCUUGUUCAGUCGGCCUUGGAUGGAUAUCAUGUCUGCAUUUUCGCCUACGGGCAGACGGGUAGCGGGAAGACAUACACAAUGGAGGGCCCAGAUGACAUGGGCCCUGAGACAGCAGGCAUGAUUCCUCGGGCUGUGCAACAGGUCUUUACAACUUCCCGCGGGAUGGAGGCCAAGGGAUGGAAGUACCAAUUCACAGCCAACUUCCUAGAGAUCUACAAUGAGACACUGCGGGACCUCUUGGUGCUGCGGCCAGAGCAGAAUGGCGAGCUGGAGAUCCGGAGAGUGAGCCAGUUCACAGAGGAGCUCCACGUCCCCAACCUCUGCUACGUCCCUGUCUCUUCUGAGCAGGAGGUUCUGAAGCUGCUGAUGACGGCCAAAACCCACCGCUCAGUGGCCAAGACCAACCUCAACGAGCGCUCCUCCCGCAGCCACAGCCUCUUCCAGCUCCGUAUCGAGGGCAGGAAUGCCAAGCAGGAGUUGCACACCUCCUCUGUGCUGAGCUUGGUGGACUUGGCGGGCAGUGAGCGCCUGGACAAGUCUCUCUCCAAGGGGGAGCGGCUGAAGGAGACCCAGGCGAUCAACACCAGCCUCUCCAGCCUGGGCCUGGUCAUCAUGGCCCUCAGCAACAAGGAGGCCCACGUCCCUUACCGCAACAGCAAGCUGACGUAUCUCCUCCAGAACUCGCUGGGUGGCAGCUCCAAAAUGCUUAUGUUCGUGAACAUCUCUCCGCUGGAGGAGAACUUUGCCGAGUCCCUGAACUCUCUCCGCUUUGCUAGAAAAGUCAACGAGUGCGUCAUUGGCACAGCCUCCAGCAACCGGAAAUGAGCGUGGCCCCAAAACCCUCAACACUUGGGUUUCAUUUUUUUUAACCUUUUUAAUGCUUUUCGAUUAGUGCGUGUAUCAAACUUUCUGAAUAAAAACGGGCAAAAUGUCCUGCCAAGCCCUUUCUUUGC